GAGCUGAGUGGGUGCCCGUGGUUGGAGCUGUGCGGGUGUUCCCCGGUGGCAAGUGCGGCCACAGCACCGGGCGCUUUUAAGUUCUUUGCGCGCAAGUUGCAAGGACUGAGUGCGAGUCUGGUAUAAUUUGGCAUCCUGAGAGUCUGUCUUAGGAAGAAGGAAGUGGAAAAUACCCUUGGAAAAAAGAAAGCUAAGACAAAAAGGAAGCCAGACUUACUUUUACAUGGUCAACUGCUCACUUACCAAUAUGGAUACUUUUCCCACUAUUUUUCCUCCUGGUGGAGACAGCGGGCUGACAAAUUCUCAAUCUGAGUUCCAAAAAAUGUUAAUUGACGAAAGGUUACGAUGUGCACAUCAUAAAACUAACUAUCAGACUCUUAAAGCUGAACACACAAGAUUGCAAGAUGAGUACAUAAAAUCACAACAUGAACUAAAGCGCCUGUUAAAUGAAAAGCAGACUCACCAGGAAAAAUUUCAGCUGCUGCUUGAAGAGCUAAGAGGGGAAUUAGUAGAGAAAACUAAAGACUUAGAAGAAAUGAAACUGCAGGUAUUAACUCCACAAAAGUUGGAAUUGUUACAAGCCCAAAUACAACAAGAAUUAGAAGCUCCAAUGAGAGAACGUUUUAGGAAUCUGGAUGAAGAAGUGGAAAAGUAUAGAACUGAAUAUAAUAAGCUUCGCUAUGAACAUACAUUUCUCAAAUCAGAAUUUGAACACCAGAAAGAAGAAUUUGCACGUACUUUAGAAGAAGAAAAAAUAAAAUAUGAAUCAGAGAUUGCAAGCCUGGAGAAAGAUAAAGAAGAACUACAUAAUCAACUGCUUAAGGUUGAUCCCCCAAGAGAAAGCAAACGAAUGGAGCUACUUGUUCGAGAGAAAGUCCAUUUGAGUCAGAAAUUAAAAGGUUUAGAGGCUGAAGUAGCAGAAUUAAGGGCUGAAAAAGAGAAUUCUGGUGCUCAGGUAGAAAAUGCGCAAAGAAUUCAGGUGCGGCAGUUGGCUGAGAUGCAGGCUACAGUCAGAUCCCUGGAGGCUGAAAAACAGUCAGCUAAACUACAGGCUGAACGCUUGGAAAAAGAGCUACAAUCAAGCAGUGAACAAAAUACUGUUCUAAUCAGUAAAUUGCAUAAAGCUGAGCGGGAAAUAAAUACGUUGACCAGUAAAGUAAAAGAACUUAAACAUUCAAACAAACUAGAAAUAACAGACAUCAAACUGGAGGCAGCAAGAGCUAAGAGUGAGCUAGAAAGAGAAAGGAAUAAGAUUCAGAGUGAACUGGAUGGAUUACAGUCGGACAAUGAAAUUCUCAAGUCAGCUGUCGAACACCACAAAGCUCUCUUAGUAGAAAAGGAUCGUGAAUUAAUACGUAAAGUACAAGCUGUCAAGGAAGAAGGUUAUCAAAAACUUGUGGUAUUACAAGAUGAAAAGAUAGAACUUGAGAACAGAUUAGCGGAUUUAGAGAAAAUGAAAGUGGAGCAUGAUGUCUGGAGGCAAUCUGAAAAGGAUCAGUGUGAAGAGAAAUUGCGGGCUUCACAGAUGGCAGAAGAGUCGGCCAGAAGGGAACUUCAGAGUAUUAGGUUAAAACUUCAACAACAAAUUGUGAAUAUUGAAAAUGCAGAGAAAGAAAAAAAUGAAAAUUCUGACCUGAAACAGCAAAUCAGUAGUUUGCAGAUCCAAGUGACCUCGCUUGCACAGUCAGAGAAUGAGUUGCUGAAUUCAAACCAAAUGCUGAAGGAAAUGGUGGAGAGGUUAAAACAAGAAUGCCGAAAUUUAAGAAGCCAAGCUGAAAAAGCACAACUAGAAGUUGAAAGGACUUUGGAAGAGAAACAGAUACAGUGGUUGGAAGAAAAGCAUAAGCUUCAGGAACGUAUCACUGACAGAGAAGAAAAGUAUAAUCAAGCUAAAGAAAAACUGCAGCGAGCUGCAAUUGCCCAGAAAAAGAGAAAAUCUCUUCAUGAAAACAAAUUGAAGAGACUGCAGGAGAAAGUAGAAGUCUUAGAGGCAAAGAGAGAAGAAUUAGAAACAGAAAAUCAGGUGUUAAAUAGACAAAAUGUUCCAUUUGAAGAAUAUACAAGGCUUCAAAAAAGACUAAAGGACAUACAGAGAAGACAUAAUGAAUUUCGAAGUUUAAUUUUGGUUCCUAACAUACCUCCAACAGCAUCUGUCAAUCCUGUUAGCUUUCAGUCAUCAGCCAUGGUUCCAGGCAUGGACCUAUCCUUUCCUCCUCAUAUGCAGGAGGAACAGCAUCAAAGGGAACUCUCUCUACUUCGCAAAAGACUAGAAGAACUAGAAACAACACAAAGGAAACAACUAGAGGAACUUGGAUCUCCUGGGGAAUGAUGUUCUUAGAGAAAAAGCAGAUCAAAAGGGAUGAAAUCAGUGUGACUCAAUAAAGCUUGAAGUUUUAACGUAUGUGGCAUUUAGAUAUUGUAUUACCAUUUGCCAGAACAUUUGUGUCUCAAGUAAAGGUACUGGCUACAUACUAUAUAUUGCAUCAGUGUCAGGAUUUUAGGAUUAUGCUAAUGACAAGUGAAGCAUUAAAACAGCUCCAGAGAUAUUUAGAAUAUUUAUUGACAACCCUUUGAGAAUGUUAAAAAAAAAAGAUGAAUGAAUUAGGGAAUCAAGUUUUUAAAUUAUUUUAUUUUCACUUUGAAAUUUUUUGGCUUUUUUUUUUGGUGUUUUGCCUGAAAUAUGCCCAUGUUGGAUUUGUUCUGCCUCUUUGAGAUAGUUGGCAGUAAUAGGGUCAGUAAACAAACAUUUUCCGGUUUAUUAUAUAGAACUAGAGUUCUCUAGUUCUUGAAAAAAGAUGAUUUAAAAGUCAGCAUUAAAAAACAAAACUUGAAGAUAUAUAAAUAUUAUAAAAUGCUACCGUUGUAAAGCUGUGGCACAUAAUUAAAGAGCUUAAUAAAUAUUUUU